AUGGUGACUGAGAGUUUGCAAUAUCCCUCGACAGGGUCGUCUUCACCAUCUUUACCUAAUCCUCCACAAAAUCAAAUUCCCGUCGAAUCGUUCAUAGGAAGCAUUAUCUCUCUGACUUCAAACUACGGUCUAAGAUACGAAGGAGUUCUCUAUGGUUUCAAUAUCUAUGAUUCCACGCUUAUUCUUCUUAACGUGAGAUGCUAUGGUACAGAGGGAAGAAACAAUAUAGGGUUUCAAAUAGCCCCUUCUUAUGACGUUUACAAUUACAUUAUUUUCAGGGGAACCGAAAUCAAGGAAUAUGUACUAGUUAAGCCUCCUCCAACGAGCUCUACGCUUUGUGGUUACGGUUGUUUAGCAAGAGGAGUUACAUGUAGUAAACAUUCUCAUGCCACAAAACCACCACUCCCUAUCAUCUUCUCGUCACACAAUCAUCAACACGGUGCUAAGAUACGCCAGAAAGUUCCAUUGAUCUCCAAUGAAGAGCUCAGCAGCAAAACACAAGCUACUACAGAUUCUUAUUCUUCCUCAUUCAAAGAACCUGUUAAUGAUAUUGCUUCAUAUCCCUUUGAUCAACCGCAAUAUCCUGGUUUAAAUUUCUGUGAUCCUUGUUCUAUUCCUGCUUACCAAUCUAUGCCUGAUCAUGGUGCACUUUAUCAAGCUCCUAUGAAAUCUCCCUCGGGGGUGUUGAUUACUCCUAAAAGUUUCUUUACCACUUUUCCCCCUGUUCCCAUUUCUCUUCGGCAGAGUAAUGGAGGAAUUGAAUUUGAGGCAUUGAGUAAGAACUUCAAGCAGUUUGAGUUAUGGGAACCUCAAGAAAACAACAAUCAAACAGACGCUAAUACUAUUGAUGGAUCUUCUUACAUGAUCUCGCGCAAUCCGUUUGAUCCUAUCGGAAAACCUUGCAAUCCGUGUGGCCCUAUCGCAAGACCCGUGAAGCAUAACUUACAAAGUAGACAUCAAUUACCACCACCACCACCAUCCGAUUUCAGUGGUAUAUUCCUUGAGUCGAUAUCGAAUAUGCACAUACCAUGCAUUGACAAGUAG